AGGUUCGGCCCUACGAUGUCGGGGCACUUAUGGGAAUCAGCAUAAGUUUUAUAGCAUCUACUCUGACAAAUAUAAUGCAAGUGUAUGGUGUUUGGAACAGCAAGAUCUCCUGUGUAGUUCCUUUCCUAAUCCUGUAUGCGGGACUUUUGAUAGAGGUCACCCUUGGUAUUCUUAUUCUCAUCUUUGAACAACUGGUUGUUGGACUAGUUUAUCUGUUGGUCUGCCUUCUUUUUAUGGGAGUUGCCUGGAUCAAGGUUAAAGAUGUUGUCGUCUUCAUUUAUGAGGAAACACGGGUUAACAGUGGAGAGACAUCAAGGGACAUGCGGUACAACUCGUACAACACAUCAGGUAGCAGCAACAGAAGUACUCAUCAUAGUACAACACAGCUGCACUACAGUACAACACAUCUUAUUGUUGGAACACAACAAGUUAUGAAUAGCAUAGCAGCGUCUAAUUACAGUACAUUCAAUGGAUCCAGAUGUGUACAAGCUGAUAAGCUGUAAAAACCAUAAAGGUAGUGUUCAGAUAAUCAUUUGUAAAAUUCUUAUUUAAACAAUCUAUUCAAGUUGCAUAACAAUUUUCAUUGUUUGGAAAUACACUCAAAAUACAAAACAAAAUGAUUUUGGAAGAGGAUCCUAUUAAGCCAGAAGUGUAAAAUUGAAUAAAAUAGUGGCAAAAUUAAGGCUCAGAAUUAAAAAAACUGUGAAAAUUUUUUAACCCAGGUUGUUCUUACCAAAAUUGGAAUUAUAUAAAAUCAGGUCUCAAUCAAAAUAGAAUUGAAAAUUUACCUUUUACAUCUACAAGCUUCAACCAAAUGCAAUCUAAUUGAAUUUGAAAGAGCUCUUUUACAGGGUGUCCCCAUAAACAUGGGAAUUGGGUUAGAUUUUGAUAUAGUCUUUGUAAAUGGUUUUUUGAUUUAGUCUAGCCCGUAGAUGUUUCGUCUGCUAAAGUUAAGCAUGUGUUUGUUUAUGUUUUGAUAGCAUACUGCUGUUCUUGGUAAAUCGAAAAAUUACUUUAUACGAGGGAGGGAACCCCCGGACGCCAUGAGCCUUUGCUAUGCUAACAUGAGCCUCCCAGAUGUGCUAGGCAGACCGAGCCUCCGCCAUGCAGUAAGAGCCUCCGCUCUACAGUAAACGAGCCUCCUCUAUACGGAAUAGUUUACUUAAAUUAAAAAAAAUUUUGUAUUUUUUUUCGACAUAGUAGCAUAUAAAGUUUAUCAAAGAUCAGAAGUAUUAAUUGAUUUUUAUAAAAAGUGACUAAUUAUGACUAAUAAAGUGGU